AUGGAGGUUAAUCUGCUCGCCAGAUGCGGAAUCCCUGAUGAUGCUGUUCUUUCCAUCCGGGCCGGCAGCGUGCGGAGACAAGCUCAGCUUGAAUCCGGGCGUUUCCCGUUCCGCUUCCCAACAGGCCUUAUGCAGGAGAAUCCUCUUCGCGUCGAUGUCCUUCAGCAGGUGGGGAGCAGCUAUUUGCUGAUGAAGCCUGGGCCGGAUCAACGGUACAAAGUGACCUUCAGUGAUACGUCCAUGGUAGAGUUGGAGCUCAAGCAGAUCGACAGCGAGUCGGCCAGAGCUGCUGGCGAGCCGCCGAAGCGAAACCAGGUUCACAAAGGAGUCUGUGACCGAUGUAAGGACCCCGUGGCUGCAAAGGGCAUCGGAGGCGCCAAGGGUGCAAAGGAUUAUUUGGAGUACCACAACGUACUUCACUUCGUCCAGGCUGUUCUGCAAGCCGUGAUCAAGGAGAAGCCAGCGGAUCCCUAUCGAUUCAUGGCCAGGCUUUUCAUGGAUGGCUUCACAGCCGAUGACAGCUUGCAGGAACUGACCGGAAACAGCGAAGAGCCCACGCAGCCCGUGCAGCUUACAGCAAAGGACAAGACGGCUGAGGCAGAGCUGCAAGAACAAAAAUCAGCGCAGUUCGAGGAAGCGCCAGCAGACAGGCAACCUGAGCAGCCCAUCGGCCUUCAGGUUGAUGCCACCGAAGUGGCAGCCGCCAAAGAAGCAGCUGCUGAGGCAACAGCAUCUGCCUCCCAGCAUGAAGCGGUUGCACAAGCAGCUGUCCAGGCUGUGGUCGCCAAUCCAGCAGCUGCUGAGCAAGCAGCUGCUGAGGAAGCAGCUGCUGAGGAAGCAGCUGCUGAGGAAGUUGCCGCUGAAGUUGACGCUGAGCCGCGCGACGGGGCUCCGCUUGCGGACGUGGAGCCUUAUGACGAGCCUGUGGCGGAGCCAGCAAGUACUAACAAAGCUUUGCUUCUGGCAUCCAAAGCUGAGCAGGAGGUCUUUGGUCAGCUUAACGUUGAGGAAACUUCCAGAGGAGCUCCCGAAACGGACAUGGUGCAAGAUGCUUUGGAUGAGCCAGGUGCGACGCAGCCUGCAAGUGAAGUUGACACUACGACCGGCACCAUCGGGCCAAUUGAGAAAACAGAGGGUUCUCUCGAAAACCAUGCGGCGGACACUGCAACUCCGGAGGCGAUCCGCGAGGAGGCUUUGCAAGCUGACAGCACCAACAUGUCGGAUAUCUCUGGGCCAGGGGAAGAAGCACGAUCAGCUGGGAACUCUUUCCCUUCAACCCAAGAAUCAGAGCUCGAGAAGGCACCUCAAGUGCUGGCGACAGGGAAACAGCAAGGGCAGGCACCGCCCAAGCCCAUGAGGAUGCUCCCAGAGGAUGUGGCACCCACGGAGCUCAGGCAGACUCACCAGCCAGAGUCGACAGAGUGCGCCUUCGAGCACUUCGAGCACCUCCCCUCUGUUGGCGGCUGGCUGACGCCACUCAGACCUGGUGUUUUGGAGGAGAAGGCUUCCCAAAUGCAACUUUCACUUGAAGUCGACGCAGUCACGGAUGCUGAGGCGGCCGAGGUGGUCACCGAUGCGCUAGCCCUGACGGUGGCAGUCUCGUAA